AUGAGUACCUUGCUACAACCUCCACCGGCACGACCACGUUCAAGGUCUUGGUCAGGGCCUCGUCAAGAAGACUACACAUCUCCCGAAAAGCUGACUUCAACUUGCGAUGGGGAAAAGAAGGCUUUGCUAAUUGGGAUUAAUUACCAAAAAACCAAAUUUGAGUUGCAAGGAUGUCACAACGAUGUAGAAAAUAUGAAAAAUUUCUUGAAGAAAUUUAACUUUCCGGAUAAAAACAUCUCAAUCCUAACAGACGAUCAACAAGGGUCAUCCAUUCCUACUAAAGAGAACAUCCUCGAGGCUAUGAAAUGUCUUGUUGCAGGCGCCAAGCCGGGCGACUCUGGCCAUGGGGGUCAAGUAAGAGAUAAAAACGAAGAUGAAGAAGAUGGCUUUGAUGAGACCAUCAUGCCUCUUGAUUUUGAAACGAAUGGAGUGAUUGUCGAUGAUAUAAUGCAUGAUAUUUUAGUAAAACCCUUGCCGGAAGGUGUCCGCCUAACUGCAAUUUUUGACUCUUGCCACUCGGGGACUGCCCUGGAUUUACCCUACAUAUAUUCUACCAAUGGCUCAAUCAAACGAUCUAGCCUUAUCGCUUCAGGAGGGGCGACCUUAGCAAACAUCUACAGGGCAAAUCUAAGAGGAGAUUUUGAAUCUAUACCGAACCAUAUCGUUGGUCUUUUUGUGAAGGUAUUUAAGGGAGAGAAGAUUAGAGAGAAGAAUAGACGGGAAAAAAGUAGUAAGGCUGAUGUUAUCAUGUUUGGCGGGUGCAAGGACAUGCAGUAUUCUGCUGAUGCACAGGAAAAUGGAAAGUGUAUUGGAGCGAUGUCUCACGCUUUUAUAACGACAUUAUCGGCGGAUAACAACGUAUCCUACCUGAAGCUAUUGAACACGGUUCGCGAUCAGUUGUCAUCAAAGUACUCUCAGAAGCCACAGCUUAGUGCCUCUCAUCCGUUCAACCUGGAUGACAUAUUCAAAAUAAUGUUCUACCACCCUUCAAGUGACGUAAUCGCUGAUGAUAUCACCCCAUCUUUAUGUUGCGCACAUCCCGACAUUAUUUGUUAUGUCCUAAGAGGUGCACUUGCAUCACAGGCUUUAAGUGUUACCGGAGCAAAGAGUUAUUCAAUUGAAGAAAGUCUUUGA